AUGCGGCGCCUGGCCUCUGCCACCCGGGCUGCCCUGAUCCUCAGCCUGCUCGCUGCCUCCUUCCACUCAGCCUGCCGGGCAGAAGCAAGCAACAGCAACAACUCAGCCUUGACUGCCCACCACCCAGACCUCGGGACCCUGGAACAGUGCCCCAAUGUGGACUUCUGCCCGCAGGCAGCCCGGUGCUGCCACGCUGGCGUGGACGAGUACGGCUGGGUGGCCGCGGCUGUGGGCUGGAGCCUGUGGUUUCUCACCCUCAUUCUGCUCUGCGUGAACAAGCUGAUGACACUGACACCGGAGGAGCCCAAGGACUUGCCGGCGUGAGCCACAGGAGCAGCCCCGAGAGGGGCGUCACCACCAUCUGUGGAUGAGGGGCGGGGAGGAGGGCUAAUGCCCCUUGUUACUUUAAGUCAUUUCACCUUAAAGCUGCAGUAACUUCUACAAGGGAAGGAAGGAGAAAGGGACAACCAGGGGAGGCAAGGCCAGUGCUGCCUUCACGCCUAAGGGCAAAAGCGCCCGGCCUUGCACCUGGCGAACCCCUUUCCCACGCUGGUCCCCAUGGGCACUGCCCCGGUUUCAACCCUCUCCUUCCUCCCAGCAUCAGGGGGUGCAUAAGAAGCAUAAGACUUAGUCUUAUAGUCAACACGUUCAAAACCAAGCUCAGAACCGUCUCACUGAACACCGGUCACUGUCUCUUCCUUUACUCCAGUCCAGGGCGUCACUGUCAUUUCAAAAUGGGGGACUCACUGUGACACUCC